AUUGGAAAUACCCGAUCAUUAUUACGAGAAGAAUGUGCGGUGUCCGGACGGCUACCAUAUGAUAAUAUUAAUCUGAACUUAGGAAGCACGGGAAUUUAUAAUCGAGGUCUUCUUGUAGCCCAACUUGGAGCAGUUUGUAGAUUGGUUCGUUUGAUUCAGAGAUUCACAGAGUAGCCAACCAAGCUGUACGUCGGUCAUAAUGGCAUCAACUUCAAAAGCGUCCAAAACUGAGGAUGCUCAAACUCAGUUGCAGGGAGUUCUGGAUGAACUUGGCCAAGUUGAGAUGAAGCUGGAUUGCGUCAGGAAGCGGAUCGAUUCCCUGGUCCAACAGCAAGACCAACUCCUUGGCAAGAAGCAAGAGCUGAAAACCAAAGCGGACCAGCUGCAGACUCUGUGCCAGAAACUGGAAACAGCAAGAGGGGACUUUCAGAAGUCAGAUUUCUCCUGGUCCGAAGAGCUUCAUAACUUGAAGAAGUCCAAGUUUGGAAUCAAGACCCUAAGAUCAAUGCAGGAGCAGGUGAUAAACACGACGAUGUCUGGAAGAGACUGCCUUCUGGUCAUGCCUACGGGAGCUGGAAAGAGCCUGUGCUUCCAGCUACCUGCACUCCUGACAAAAGGUGUGACACUAGUGGUAUCUCCCCUAGUGGCUCUGAUGGAGGACCAGACGCUUGCCAUGAACGAGCUUGGUGUACCAGCGGCAAUGCUAUCCUCAAGCACAUCCCCAGAGCAGUUGAAGGCGACCAAUGCUGCCAUGCUGGAUGAUAACGCCCCACUGCGUCUUCUUUACGUCACUCCAGAGAAGAUUGCUAAGAGCAAACGCUUCAUGGCUCAACUUCAGAAGUGCCAUCUGAAGGGACGGCUGGCCAGGAUCGCUAUCGAUGAAGUGCACUGCUGCAGUCAGUGGGGACAUGACUUCAGACCCGAUUAUAAGAUGUUGGGUGUUUUGAAGAGACAGUUUCCCGAGGUACCAGUACUAGGCCUCACGGCGACCGCAACGGCUAGCGUUCUUGAGGAUGUGAAGAACCUGCUUAAUAUGCACGCAUGCAUCAUACUGAGGUCAUCGUACAACAGGGCUAAUCUUCUCUAUCAGAUUUGUGACAAGCCCAGCAAUCAGGCAAGCUUCAACGAGAAAAUUGUGAAUUUGUUGAACGGACGAUUCAAGCACAAAUCAGGCAUUAUCUACUGUCUAUCCAAGAAGAAUACAGAAGACGUGACCGAAGCCUUGCGUAAGAGUAAGAUCAAUGCUGAGUCUUAUCAUGCCGAUCUCAGUGCUAGCAUCCGGAGUGCAGUACAUGGACGUUGGAAGAAAGGAGAUACACAGGUGGUUGUAGCAACGAUAGCCUUUGGUAUGGGAAUUGAUAAACCAGACGUCCGCUUCGUCAUUCACCACUCAAUCAGUAAAUCACUGGAGAAUUACUACCAAGAAAGUGGAAGAGCAGGGCGUGAUGACAAGCCAGCAGAAUGUCUCCUCUUCUUCCAUAUGUCGGAUGUUUUCCGUCAGAGUGGUAUGGUCAUGGUGGAGCAGACUGGACUACAGAAACUCUACACGAUGGUGGCUUACUGCAUUGACCAACAUCGAUGUCGUCGCAAGAUUCAGGCAGAGCACUUUGAUGAGGAGUCGAGUAGCAGCAAACAGCAGUGUAAUGGAAUGUGCGAUAACUGCAAACAGAAAGAGAAGGUUCAUGAUGUGAAACUGAAUGAGUACAUUUCAACCCUUCUGGACAUACUGAAGGCAAACAGCAAGAAGGAAACGCGAAUCACUCCGCUGAAGCUGGUGGACUUUUGGCUUGCCAAGAAACCUUCUGUACAACUAGCAGGUGGCAAACCGUCCCUGUUGAGUCGCCAGGAUUGUGAAUCCAUCCUUUGCUUCCUUCUCCUGGAGGGUUUUCUCAAGGAGGACUUCCACUUCACUCCCUACGCAACCAUCACCUACAUCUUACCCGGACCAAAGGCAAAUGGUUCCCUCAAUAAGGAUGCAGUUAUCUUUAAGUAUCGACCAUCGUCUGGAUCUGAGGCGACUGACACGGACACUACUGGAAAGACAGCUUCGAAGACAACUCUUGGCAACUCAAAGUUAAAGGGGUCGUCUGGGGAGGGUAGAGGAAGCUCUGGAUGGGGUAAGAGUGCGCCCUCUACUGGGAGUCAGGGUAAAGAUUUGAAGGGUUCUGAAGGCCAAGCUGCAAAGAGGAAACGGGAAGUGCCUGAAUCAAAGACGCAGGCAAAGAAGGGAAGUGGAAGCGGGGACGUGAAAAAGCGAAAAGUGUGAUGGUUUUGUAGUAUGGCCCUUCAUUCUUCAGCCUUAUCCUCAUUCUGUAGCCUCAUUAUUCUAUUGCCUUUCAAUCAAGGUAUUCAGUUUGAUUGGUGUGCAGAGAAUGUUAACAAAACAUGCUUCAUUACGCUCCAUUAAAAAAUACAUCCUUUUCAAUGACCAAGUGUGUUAACAUCCAAUCACUUGGGUCAUUAAACUUAAAGGAUGAUAAGUUAAAUUACUAGAUCCUGGAAAAGCAAUUACAUGGAGUUGGGGAUAACUGGUGAAUGUUACCAGACGAAAAGGAUGUGUCUUUUAAGCCUCAUUCUUUAAUAGAGCAUUCCCUUAAUGUUUUUAUUAUGUUUUAACCAUACACCAAUGUGUGUAAAGUACUUUAUACUCAGUACUUUCCCCAAAAGGA